AUGGUGUCAGAAUACAACCAAUUCGCUGCUGUGGCUGUGGGGGAUAAAAGGAAACACGAUCAAAUCUCAUCACCAUCGCAUGGCAAAGAGGGGAACAAACCAGGGAAUCCCCCCACACCCGAAAAAACAAACUUAGAAGGUCGAGCGAGCAACCGAAGUAGGAGGGAUGAAACUGGAAACAAGUUGGAGACUAGCAGUGAAACGGAUUCUAUCAAGGCCACACUUGUUCUUCAUGAAGACUUAAAGCAGCUGUCGGAAAUAAUACACACCAUUGAGGGUAAUUGCCCUAACAUAACUGGUUCUGUCAACGUAUUGGACCUCUUUAUUUCCUCAAAGAAUCAUAUUGAAUAUGGACGUAAAAAGGCUGGUAGAGGAGUGAUGAUGUUGAAAGAGGGAUUGAGCAUACUCUAUGAAGCGCAAGAAUUAUUAAAGGUCACCGAUUCAAAGCCCCAAGAGUGAAUUCACUUGCAGCUCCAUUACUUUGCCUGUAGCAACUAGAAAUUCAAAGACGCCCGAAAUGCCUCUUUUCGGGUUCAUCUUAAUUAUUUGUCAUG